GCCUAAGCAGAAAUACGUUUAUGCCAAUAUGGAGUCGCCUCAAAAUUUUCCCGUUUACGACACUCACCUUAACGGUUACUUUAAUUGGACUUGGACUUUUAAGUUGGAUUCUGAUUUGCGUUGGGGCUACUUCACAGUUUACAACUUGGCAGGGCAAAUUGUUGGGCCUAAAAAAGAAAUGCAUUGGCAAGAGAUGGAUCCUAUAGACGACGAGACCGAGGCUCGUUUGUCUUCGAAGAGCGUAGCAGCAGCUUGGUUCGCGUCUAAUUGUAACACAAUUAGUGAAAGGGAAGCAUUUGCUAAAGCUUUGAAAAGAAAGCUACAACGGCGCGGACUUUUAUUACACGUCUACGGAGCGUGUGGCCAUAGGCGCCAUCGCCAUGGCGUGUGUUCGCGGGGAAAUCCAGAGUGUGAUAAAGUGUUGGAAAAGAAAUACUACUUUUACUUGGCAUUUGAGAAUUCGCUGUCUGAAGACUAUGUGACAGAAAAGGUGCUGACGGCUCUGAAUCACUACACGGUGCCUGUUGUGUUCGGAGGAGCUAAUUAUUCCAGGUUCCUGCCUCCGGGCAGCUACUUGGAUGCGCGCGAGUUGGGCGCCAAGCGUCUGGCGGCACGGAUGGCCGCCAUCAUUCAUGAACACAAGAGAGGCAACGGCAGUAUGUACCAUGACUUCUUUAGGAUGCUGUUAGUGCUGCCGUGCACGCGCCGCACCAGCGACGCCACCCGCUUGCGCAUGAUGAUUAUUAUUAGGAGUAUUAGGACCCUGCCUCUUUACGGCUCCAGCCGGCCACGACAUUGUGCGACCAGCGGCGGCGGCAGCGGCAACCAUAACCAUAGGUGGGAACAAAAAGUCCGAUCACUGUGUCUCGCUCCAACCUAUAGUUGCAGCCGCCAGUCGCGCAAUGUCGUGGCCGAGCCGUUAGGUGAGGAGUCUACUGUGUUCUCUCAGUUCGUUUGCCAAUUGCCAGCGGCGCUCAGCACACCCCGGUCGCCGCCGCUCGAGCGACCACUCAGUUUUCAAGUUUUUCGAUGGUUAUUUUUCAGAUGGCGAAACCAUUACACAUUCAAAGCAACAGCUCAGGAAGAAGAUGUAUGCAACAUAUGUAAACUGCUCAACGACCAAGCAGCAAUGACAAAAACGACUGUUUAUGGAGAUUUUAGAGAAUGGUGGAUGGUCAAGAGCCUCUCAGAAACAGUAAUAUCCAGAAUAAGAUAA